ACCAACAUACUCAUAGCUCAGUCUCGUUCCUAACCACCGGUCGGUCGCACGUCUCCGCUACCUCAUUUCCAGUGCUCAUCAACGCAAGGGCCGCACGAUGUUUACUUGCGCACGGUGCAAUAAUAAUGUCUCGGAUGGUGUAACCUGCAGCGGCUGCAGGCGUCAGUUCGAUUUUUCAUGUGCGGGAAUAUCGGAAAUAAAUUUCCGUAAGCUCGGCGAACGCAGAAACAACUGGCGCUGCUCUGACUGUAAAGGCGUUUCUACUCCAGUGACGCGUGACACAAAUGCGUCUUUGCAAUCGCAAAUUGAAGAGAUGAAAGCUUCGCUGGCGUUUAUCACACGACAGCUGACACCACUGGCAACAUUAGUGGAAGAUGUUAAAACUAUUAAGGCCGACUUGGCACAUCUCAAAGACUCAACUGAAAUGGCUCAUGAAUCAGUGAGGCAAUUAUCUGACUCAGUGAAAUCUAUAGAUGAUAGAGUGAGCUGCCUAGAAGAAAGUCAAAACAGCGUUUCCAAAAUUAGGGAUACUCUGACUAUGAUUCAAGAUGACCUGCGCAUCAAGGAGCAAUUGGCACGGUCCAAUAACAUAGAAAUAAAAGGAGUUCCCUUUAAAAAAUCCGAAAACCUGUAUAAUCUUGUCUAUAAAAUCGGAGAAGUAGUGCAAACUCCAAUCCGUAAGGAGGAUAUUAAUUACAUUGCCCGUGUUCCCAGUCCUCAGGGAGACUCCCAGAAAAAUAUAAUAGUGGCACUUCAUAAUAGAUACACAAAGGAGGAAUUUAUUGCGGCCGCAAGAAAGCACAAGGGACUCCAACUUAGUGGCCUAGGUUUCUCAAGCGACCUCAAAUAUUUUAUUAACGAUCACCUGACCCUUCAUAAUAAAUCACUACUUAAAGAAGCGAAAAGAUUGGCAUCUGAUAACAAUUUUCGCUAUGUCUGGGUUAAGCACUGUCAGAUUUUAGUACGGAAAUCAGAUACCUCACCAAUUAUUCGUAUAAAAAACGAAAACGAUCUACAAAAAAUCAGCAGGGAAAAAGACUGAUCACUUUUUAUUACAGUAUAUUUUUUGUCCAUA